UCCCGUCCCCAUGCAGCGCGGCUGCAGCCCGGGGUGGAGCUGCGGGGCUCGGCCCAGGAAGGGGCUGGAGCAGCCGGGGCGGAAGCAGGGAAAACAAAGCACAGAAACAAGGGGGGGGCAGCUCCGGGCGGUGCAAUACAAGCCGCUGCUCCCCCGGGGAUCCGUGUGUGUGCUGGGGGGGGCAUUAACCCCUCCCUGCCCGGCGGGGGGGGACUUUCUCCAGCGGGGAGCCGCCCCCUGGGGCAGCCCCGGAGCCAGAGGCUGCAGUUCAUCCCAGCCUCCCGUGGGACAGGGAAGGGAAAUGGCUGCAGUGGAGCCCGUCCAGGGGCCGGUGACCUUUGAGGAGGUGGCUGUGUAUUUCACCAGGGAAGAGUGGACUCUGCUGGACCCCGCUCAGAGAGCCCUCUACAGAGACGUCAUGCAGGAGAACUAUGAGAAUGUGACCUCGCUGGGGUUCCCAGUAUCCAGACCUGAUGUGAGCUCCCAGCUGGAACGAGGGGAAGAGCCAUUGGUCCCAGAUCUCCAGGGCUCGGAGGACAGAGAGAGCAUCUGCACGGCAGGUGAUGGGACGGUGAGUGAGACGAGGGAGCAGAAUUCUAAAGAGGAAGAUACUGAACAAGUGGAACUGCACAGGGCAUCAUCACAAAGAGCCAAAGGGAAUGUGCCUGGGAAUUGUGAGCAGGGAGAAGGUUAUGGGCAUCAGCAGAGACCAGAGCAGCAGCCGGGAAACCAGACAGAGGAAAAAGUGGGUAAAUCCAUUAAUUGUUGGGAAACUCACAAAGAUGUCAAGGGAACCCCAGCCCAGCAGAGAAUCCUCAGGGGAAAGAGAAACAACCCAGGCACUGAGUGUGGGGAAAACAUCAGUAGAUGCUCAGACCUUAUUAACCAUGAGAGAAUCCAGACGGGAGAGAAACCCUAUGAAUGCUGUGAGUGUGGGAAAAACUUCACUCAGAGCUCAGCCUUCGUUACACAUCAGAGAAUUCACACGGGAGAAAGACCCUAUGAAUGCUGUGAGUGUGGGAAACGCUUUGCUCAGAGUUCAGCCCUUCUGAUACAUCAGAGAAUCCACACAGGGGAGCGACCCUAUGGAUGCUGUGAGUGCGGGAAAAACUUCACGAACAGCUCAGCCCUUAUUACGCAUCAGAGAAUCCACACGGGGGAGAGACCGUAUGAAUGCAGUGAGUGCGGGAAAAGCUUCACUCAGAGCUCAAACCUUACUAUCCAUGAGAGAAUCCACAGGGGAGAGAGACCAUAUGAAUGCUGUGAGUGCGGGAAAAACUUCCCUCGGAGCUCAGCCCUUAUAAGACAUCAGAGAAUCCAUGCGGGGGAGAGACCGUACGAAUGCAGUGAAUGUGGGAAAACGUUCACUGAAAGCUCAGACCUUCUUAUACAUCAGAGAGUCCACACAGGAGAAAGACCCUAUAAAUGCAGUGACUGUGGGAAAACCUUCACUAAGAGAUCAGUCCUUGUUACGCAUCAGAGGAUCCACACAGGAGAGAGACCCUAUGAAUGCUGUGAGUGCGGGAAAACCUUCACUCAGAGCUCAGCGCUUAUUGCACAUCAGAGAAUACACAGAGGGGAGAAACCCUACGGAUGCUGUGAGUGCGGGAAAAGCUUCACUGACAAAUCAGCCCUGAUUGCCCAUCAGAGAAUCCACAGCGGAGAGAGACCCUAUGAAUGCAGUGAGUGCGGGAAAAACUUCGCACGUAACUCAGCCCUGGUUACGCAUCAGAGAAUCCACACAGAGACCUGUGCCACCAGAGAGAUCGACGCCUAGGCUCCUGUGCAGCGAAUGGAUAGAGAUCGGCACUGCGGCUCCCGUACAGCGAAUGGGGAAGAAAUUGGCACCUUGGAAUGGGAUCCACAAACCCUGUCGUGCUAGGUGGCUUCUCACCUAAGCUAGCCAGGGGAGAGGCCCAUGACAGGGAAAUGCUAAGCCCAAACCUCAGACAGAGAGCGGUGGAUCUCUGCUGCUGAGCACCAGACUUGGGAACCAGCCGGAUUAGGUGCCUACGUCAUUUCUUCCGAGAAUGGGGGAGGCACUUGCCUCAUUCCACCCCCAGCAUCCAGGGGAGGAGGCAGGCAUGGUGGCACCCACCAUAUCACGGUUAGCCCAGUGGGCAGAGUAAUCGGUCCCAAACUUUUCCCUAGGGCAACCCACCAACCCAGCUGCAGUUUGACUUUUUGGGGACCCGCCAUUAUCCCUUCUCCCCUUCCCAGCUGAUUCCUUGCCCUGCUCCCUUGAACCACCCUGGUGCUCUCCCUCCCCAUCGCCUCUCCGCCCCCAGCCUCUCCCUCCUCUCCCCUGACAGUCGUUGGGGUUUAGGGCCACAAGGGAGCAGCAGAUCAUCUGGGGCUGACCUCAUGUAUAGGAGAGGCCAGAGAACAGAAGGGGCACCAGUGGCUGACGCCCGUGCAGUGGCAGAGACACGCUGAUGCUGAUGUACCCUUGUUGCCAAGGCAUUUGAGAUUCGUUGUCCCAAAUCAGAGGGAAGUGGAAAUGAAUGAGGAAUUUUAUAUCCCCCAGUUGAUAAACGAGGUAGAGGGGUGAAAGUUGAGUGGAACGCCAUCUACAUUUUUGGGAAUUAGAGAGAAAAUGGGGGAAAAAACUUGCAAGGACUUUAUCUCAACCAAUAAUCAAGAAUUUGACAAAACAGCAACAUCGGAGAAGAUCUGAUGUUAAUACACCUCUACCUCAAUAUAACACGAAUUCAGAUAUAACACGAUAAAGCAGUGCUCGGGGAGGGGGGGCUGCGCACUCCGGCGGAUCAAAGCAAGUUCAAUAUAAUGCAGUUUCACCUAUAACGCAGUAAGAUGUUUUGGCUCCCGAGGACAGCGUUAUAUCGCGGUAGAGGUGUAUAUCAUUAGAUGGGAAAAUCUCAGGGGAUAAUAGAUCAGUUACAGAUAAUUAGAGAAAAACGGGGCCAUUUUUUAAAGGAUGCUAUGUCACUAUUUUAGAAUGAAGGCGUAAGCGGGGGUGAAAACCUAUAUAUUUGUUCACAGAGAAAAACACCAAUAUCAAUGUUCGGUAAUUUGAGAGACAGACGGGAGACAUUAUAUAGACAUGAUCAAUAAACAACAGAAGGGGAUGGUUCCCUCUUGGCUGACAAUCACACGGCAGCAAGGAGCCCUGGGCAAUGCUGCUUUAACAGGGGAUGGGAUGAGGGUGAAUGCAGCCAGUGGGAAGCGGGAGAGCCUGGGGGGUCUGGGACCAUGACUAGCCGCUGGUGGCAGGAGGGGGCUGGGUUGGGCUGGGGUAGGGACGAAGCAGGAAGCAGUUGGGAGACGGUAAUCUGGGGCUGGGCCGUCUCCAUGGGGGGACGGACACGCUUCUCCCUUUCUGUCUUGUGCCCUUUCCAUGCCUUGUUGCUGGCAGAGAAUGGCCACCCAAUCCCCACCCCAGAGGCAGGCGCAUCUCAGGGUCCUCUUAUUCUGCACCCACUAACCCCCUGCCCAUUCGGGGAAUGGCUGAGGGCAUCGAGUUCCCCCCAACACAAGAAUGAUUUGCUGCAGAUAAAAUGGGUGGGAAAACAUCCCAAAUCGGAGGCGAUUUUAAACUGAGAUUCGAGAAUUAGAGAGAAAAUGGGGGCAAAACCUGAGCAUAACAGAUAAAAAAGCAAUACUGUGAGAGAAAAGGGGGGAAACUGACGAGAAUUUUAUAGCCAUACUUGAUAAUUACAGAGAAAGGGGGAAGACUGUCAGGGUGCAGGGGCAGCACUGCAGAAUGACCGCCUGCCAUUGUCCCUGCGGUGACACAAAUCUGACAUCAGGAAUCAAAAUACUCAAAAACCAGUGGGAGAACACUUUAACCUGUCUGGUCAUUCAAUGACAGACCUGCGGGUGGCUAUAUUACAACAGAAAAGCUACAAAAACAGACUCCAACGAGAGACUGCUGAGCUGGAAUUGAUAUGCAAACUAGACACAAUCAACUCCGGUUUGAAUAAGGACUGGGAAUGGCUGAGCCAUUACAAACAUUGACUCUAUCUCCCCUUGUAAGUAUGCUCACACUUCUUAUCAAACUGUCUGUACUGGGCUAGCUUGAUUAUCACUUCAAAAGUUUUUUUCUCUUACUUAAUUGGCCUCUCAGAGUUGGUAAGACAACUCCCACUUGUUCAUGCUCUCUGUAUGUGUG